CUUUCUUCCAACCGCUGUACGGGAGCGCAGGCAGCGGGAGCGCAAGCGAGGUUCGACCCGGGUGGAGCGUCGGAUGCUCGGCUACGAGCUGCUGCGGAUAUCCGCCUCGUACCUGCCUCUCAUCAGUUAUGCCCCCUGGGCGGACCGAUUUCAUGUGUUUCAGCUAGAUUCCGAAAAGGCCAAUUUUGGGGGUUGCCUUUAAAACACGCCGAAUUGAUAGCAAGCGCGCAGCAGAUUUUUUCCCCGCGAUGAUGCAGAUGUAACGGGGGGACAUUAUUGGCGUCUUUUGGGAUUUUAUUUUUAACCCAUUGUUGUUGUUUUUUUAACCAUUAGCGCUCGAAUUUGCAGAGUGGCACACGCCGAUUGAACGCGAAGGAAGCACGUUUUGAUAUCGGCUUUAAAUUCCAUCUCUAUGCAAUAGGGUACAAUUAAUACGCACAGCAAAGCAGAAGACAAAACAAUAGGUUGGAUGAAUUUUCCUCUCCCCUGGACGCCCGGACACCAUGAGCACCAUCUCGCCCACAGACUUUGACAGCUUGGAGAUCCAGCAGCAGUACAAUGACAUCAACAACCGCUGGGACCUGGCGGCAGAGACCGAAUGGGACAACGAAAAUAGUUCGGCGCGCCUCUUUGAGCGCUCGCGCAUCAAAGCUCUUGCAGAUGAGCGUGAAGCGGUACAGAAGAAGACCUUUACCAAAUGGGUGAACUCUCACUUAGGCCGAGUGACUUGUCGCAUCGGUGACCUGUACACGGACCUGCGUGACGGGCGCAUGCUUAUCCGCCUGCUGGAAGUACUCUCAGGAGAACAGCUGCCAAAGCCCACUAAAGGACGCAUGCGUAUCCACUGCUUAGAAAAUGUCGAUAAAGCGCUGCAAUUCCUCAAAGAACAAAAGGUCCAUCUAGAAAACAUGGGAUCACAUGACAUUGUGGAUGGGAAUCACCGUCUUACCCUGGGGCUCAUCUGGACCAUAAUUCUUCGCUUCCAGAUUCAGGACAUCAGUGUGGAGACUGAGGACAACAAAGAGAAGAAAUCGGCAAAAGAUGCCCUUCUCCUGUGGUGCCAAAUGAAAACCGCCGGCUAUCCCAAUGUCAACAUCCACAACUUCACUACCAGCUGGCGGGAUGGUCUAGCGUUCAAUGCCAUCGUACACAAACACAGACCCGACCUGAUUGAGUUUGACACCCUGAAAAGGUCCAACGCUCACUACAAUCUCCAAAAUGCUUUCAAUGUGGCCGAAAAGGAGCUGGGCCUUACUAAGCUACUGGACCCAGAAGAUGUUAAUGUUGAUCAGCCAGAUGAAAAGUCCAUCAUUACCUAUGUGGCGACCUACUACCAUUACUUCUCAAAGAUGAAAGCGCUAGCAGUGGAGGGCAAACGUAUUGGCAAGGUUCUUGACUAUGCCAUUGAGGCUGAUCAGCUGAUCGACAAGUAUGAGACCUUGGCUUCAGAGCUGCUGGAGUGGAUUGAGCAGACAAUCGUGACACUGAACGAUCGGCAGCUAGCCAACUCACUCAACGCUGUGCAGAAUCAGCUCCAGGCUUUUAAUUCUUACCGUACUGUGGAGAAACCACCCAAAUUCACGGAGAAAGGUAAUUUGGAGGUCCUGCUCUUUACCAUCCAGAGCAAGAUGAGAGCAAACAACCAGAAAGUUUACACGCCCAGGGAGGGAAAACUCAUUUCUGACAUCAAUAAGGCAUGGGAGCGACUUGAAAAGGCGGAGCAUGAACGCGAGUUGGCACUCAGAAAUGAACUCAUCCGCCAAGAAAAGCUGGAAAUGCUUGCAGCACGGUUUGACCGCAAAGCUGCUAUGCGGGAAACAUGGCUAAGUGAGAAUCAGCGGCUGGUGUCUCAGGACAAUUUUGGAACUGACUUGGGAGCGGUGGAAGCUGCCACCCGCAAACACGAGGCAAUCGAGACGGACAUUGGUGCAUAUUGGGAGCGUGUGGCUGCCGUUGAGGCUGUUGCAAAAGAGAUGGAGGUUGAGGGAUACCAUGAUGUGCGACGCGUGCUCGCAAGAAGGGACAAUGUGCUUCGUCUCUGGGAAUACCUCAAGGAGCUCAUCGCUGCACGCAGAGAACGGCUGAAUGCUCAUCGAGACCUACAGAGGUUGUUUGAAGAGAUGCGUUACAUCAUGGACUGGAUGGCCGACAUGAAGAGUCGUCUGCAGUCCCAAGACAGUGGCAAACAUUUACAUGAUGUUUUGGACCUACUUCAGAAGCAUACUCUCGUCGAAGCUGAUAUUUCAGCUCAGGCUGAGAGAAUCAAAGCAGUGCAGGGAGCUGCAAAACGCUUCACUUCUCAUGACCAGGCCUACACACCGUGUGAGCCAGGGCUAGUUAGUGAAAAAGUCGACCUUCUGGGCCAAGCCUAUGAGGAACUCGGGCGGCUUGCCGGACAGCGCAGAGAACGCCUGGAGGACUCUCGUCGUCUUUGGCAAUUUCUGUGGGACUUGGGAGAGGAAGCAGCCUGGAUCAGAGAGCAAGAGCAGAUCCUGACCAGCGGGGAGUGCGGCCGCGACCUUACUUCUGCCCUUCACCUGCUCAGUAAACACGAGGCUUUCAGGGAUGAGAUGGCAGCACGCUACGGCCCGCUGGGUAACAGCAUUGCUGCAGGGGAAGCUUUGGUGAACGAGGGACACUUUGGAGCCCCAGAGGUCAGAGAGAAUAUUAAAGACAUUCGUGCGCAGUGGACACAUCUGGAAGAGACGACAAAACUGAGAGAACAGAAGCUUAAAGACUCAGUGGCCUUGCAUCAGUUCCUAACAGAUGCCAAUGACAUGGAUGCUUGGCUCAUGGAAACUCUAAGACAGGUGUCUAGUCAGGAUGUGGGCCAUGACGAGUUCUCCACCCAAACUCUCGCUCGCAAGCAGAGGGAAGUAGAGGAAGAGAUUAAGAGCCACCAACCCCUCAUUGAAUCCCUGCAUGAGCAGAACCAAGCACUGCCGCAAUCUCAUGCUAAGUUCCCAGAGGUGGAGGGCCGGCUCCCUGCUAUUGAGGAGCGCUAUAAUGAGCUACAAUCCCUGUCAGUGUCUCGGCGUCAGGCCCUGGAAGGUGCUUUAGCACUUUAUCGUAUGUUCAGUGAGGCGGGUGCCUGCCAACUUUGGGUGGAAGAAAAAGAGAAGUGGUUACAUGGCAUGGAGAUCCCGACCAAACUCGAAGACUUGGAAGUGGUGCAGCAGAGGUUUGACACACUAGAACCAGAAAUGAACAACAUAGGGACCAGUGUCACCGAUGUGAACCGGGUGGCUGAGCAGCUGCUGACUUCAGACAACUGCAACAAAGACCAAAUCCAUCAGACACGUGAUCAUCUGAACAAUAGAUGGAAAGGAUUCCAGAAACUGGCUGGUCAAAAGAAACAAGGCCUGGAGUCAGCCCUCAAUAUCCAAAAUUACCACUUGGAAUGUAAUGAGAUCCAAAGUUGGAUGAAAGAAAAGACCAAAGUGAUAGAAUCUACUCAGAGCUUGGGAAAUGAUCUAACUGGAGUGAUGGCGCUACAGCGCAAACUCACCGGCAUGGAGAGAGACCUCGAAGCUAUCCAGGGGAAGUUAAAUGACCUGAAAGAGGAGGCCAAAAAACUGGCGAAAGAGCAUCCAGAUCAAGCAGGGGAGAUUCAAGAUCGCCUGGCAGGGAUACAGCAAGUGUGGGAGGAGUUGAACUCCACCAUGAAACGGCGUGAAGAGUCUCUGGGUGAGGCCAGCAAGCUGCAGGGCUUCCUCAGGGAUCUUGAUGACUUCCAGUCGUGGCUAUCCCGCACCCAGACAGCCGUGGCCUCGGAGGACAUUCCCACCUCUCUGGUUGAGGCUGAGAGUUUGCUAGCCCAGCACGAGAAUAUCAAAAACGAGGUGGAUAACUAUAAGGACGACUACGAGAAGAUGCGAGUGGUCGGUCAGGAGGUGACCCAAGGUCAAACGGAUGCCCAGCACAUGUUCUUGGCCCAAAGACUCCAGGCGUUGGAUACCGGCUGGCAUGAGCUGCGUCAAAUGUGGGAGAACCGGCACAGUCUUUUGGCCCAAGCAUUCGACUUCCAGACCUUCUUGAGGGAUGCAAAGCAGGCGGAGGCCUUCCUCAAUAGCCAGGAGUACGUAUUAUCCCACACAGAGAUGCCGGCAAGUCUCCAAGGAGCGGACGAGGCCAUUAAAAAAUAUGAAGAUUUCCUCACCACCACAGAGGCCAGCGAGGAGAAGAUAACGGGUGUUGUGGAGGCGGGAAGGCGCCUCAUUAACGAUGGCAACGCAAACUCUGAUAAGAUCCAAGAGAAAGUGGAUUCUAUUCAGGAAAGGCAUCUCAAGAACAAGAACACCGCCAAUGAAUUGCUGGCAAAACUUAAGGAUAAUCGUGAACUGCAGCACUUCCUCCAAGAUGGACAGGAGCUCACAUUAUGGAUUAAUGAGAAGAUGCUGACGGCUCAGGACAUGUCCUAUGAUGAGGCUCGAAAUCUUCACAGCAAGUGGCAAAAACACCAGGCCUUCAUGGCAGAGCUGGCCUCUAACAAAGACUGGCUGGACAAAAUCGAUAAGGAGGGCCAGGCUCUUGUGGCAGAGAAGCCAGAGUUGAAACCUGUUGUUCAGCAAACCCUGGAGGACCUUCAGCGUCAGUGGGAGGAGUUAGAGAGCACCACCCGCACCAAAGCCCAGUGCUUGUUUGAUGCUAAUCGGGCAGAGCUGUUUACACAAAGCUGCUGUGCUCUGGAUGGCUGGGUGAAGAACCUUGACGGUCAACUGCAUAGUGACGAUUAUGGCAAGGAUUUGACCAGUGUCAACAUCCUGCUCAAGAAGCAUCAGAUGCUGGAGCACCAGAUGGAGGUCAGGGAGAAGGAGGUGCAGUCACUGCAGUCUCAAGCCUUGGCUUUGUCUCAGGAAGAUGCUGGAAUUUCUGAGGUGGACGGUCAACAAAGGCGCGUGACUGACAGCUUUUCCAGCCUCCAGGAGCCUCUUAGACUGAGGAGACAGCGGCUACUUGCCUCCAAAGAGGCACAUCAGUUCAAUAGAGACCUAGAAGAUGAAAUAUUGUGGGUGAAAGAACGGAUGCCCUUGGCAACCUCCACAGAGCAUGGAAAGGAUCUUCCUACAGUGCAGCUACUUAUCAAGAAGAACCAGACAUUGCAAAAGGAAAUCCAGGGACAUCAACCCCGCAUUGAUGACAUCCAUAAGCGAGGAAAGACUCAAAGUCAGGUUGACAGCGAGCGACAGUCUAUUCUAGAGGAGCGCCUUGUUGAGCUGAAAGAGCUUUGGGACCAGCUGAUUGACGAGACCGACAAACGCCACGCUCGUCUGGUGGAGGCCAAUCGAGCGCAGCAGUUCUACGCCGAUGCGGCGGAGGCAGAGGCCUGGAUGGGAGAGCAGGAAUUGCACAUGAUGUCGGAAGAGAAGGCAAAGGAUGAGCAGAGUGCUCUCGUGAUGGUGAAAAAGCACCAGACUCUGGAACAAGCACUCGAAGACUAUGCCCAGACCAUUCACCAGUUAGCCAACAGCAGCCGGUUAAUGGUUACCAGUGAACACCCAGAGAGUGACAGAAUCACAUUACGACAAGCACAAGUUGACAAGUUGUACGCCGGGUUGAAAGACCUGGCGGAGGAGCGCCGCGGGAGGCUUCAGGAAAGACUUCGUCUGACCCAGUUAAAGCGGGAGGUGGAUGAUUUGGAACAGUGGAUCGCAGAAAGGGAGAUGGUUGCUGGCUCGCAUGAACUAGGACAGGACUAUGAGCAUGUCACGAUGCUGAGGGACAAGUUCCGUGAGUUUGCCCGCGACACUAGCACAAUUGGCCAAGAGCGCGUGGACGGCGUAAACGGACUGGCAGACGACCUCAUUGAGUCCGGUCACCCGGAGAACGCCAGUGUGGCCGAGUGGAAGGACGGGCUAAACGAGGCCUGGGCCGACCUGCUGGAGCUGAUUGACACACGCACGCAGAUGUUAGCAGCCUCCUAUGAGCUGCACCGCUUCCAUCAGGAUGCCAUGGAAGUUCUCGGCCGCGUUAAGGAGAAGCGAGAGGCACUGCCGUCCGACCUUGGCCGGGAUCUGAACACUGUCCAGCAUCUACACAGACAGCACAAUACUUUUGAAAAUGACAUUCAGGCCCUCAGCGGACAGGUGAACCAGGUGCAAGAUGAUGCUGCACGGCUGCAGAAGGCCUACGCCGGAGAGAAAGCUGAUGACAUUAACCGGAGUGAACAUGCUGUAAGCUCCGCCUGGGAAGGUCUUCUUAAGGCCGGCGAAUCCCGUAGGGUGCUCCUCCUCGACACCGUGGAAAAGUUUCGCUUCUUCAACAUGGUGCGGGACCUCAUGCUCUGGAUGGAUGGGGUCAACCUGCAGAUCGAUGCGCAUGACAGCCCCAGGGAUGUCUCUUCCGCAGGCUUGGUCAUUGCAAAUCAUCAAGACAUCAAGUCGGAGAUUGAGACCCGAGCAGACAGCUUCACAGCUUGUUUUGACAUGGGGAACACACUCAUCAACAAUAACCACUACGCCACAGAUGAGAUCCGGGAAAAGCUUGCUCAGUUACAAGAAAAGAGAGACAAAAUCAACAAAAAGUGGCAGGACAAGAUGGACUAUUUACAAAUUAUGCUCGAGGUAUUGCAGUUUGGACGUGACGCCUACGUUGCCGAGUCUUGGUUGGCCGGGCAAGAACCUCUCGUGCGGACAGCAGACCUCGGCUCCAACGUCGAUGAGGUGGAAAGUCUAAUAAAGCGCCACGAGGCCUUUGAGAAACUCGCCGCUUCCUGGGAGGAGCGUUUUGUGCAGUUGGAGAAACUUACCACACUGGAGGAGCAGGAUAUUCAGAGGAGGCAAGAGGAAGAGGAGAGGGCGCGACGGCCCCCCACCCCAGCGCCGGUGGAGGAAGUGGUGCAAUCUGAGGCAGAAAGUCAAGUGCAUGACUCAGCUGCCAGAACCAGUCUGGACCAGACCACACUGAAUCAGUCGGUGUCUGUGAACGGAGUACACAGUGACAAUGACACGUCACAGUCGCUAUCGCUAUCAUUGUCAGUGGGAUCGAAAUCAGAGGCUAAGCGCGUGUGUAAACCAAAGCAGCCGCAGCGUGGCUCCGAAUCGGAAAACGGACCAGGUCGAGACAGCGGCUUGGCGUCCUCCCGCCUCGACCCGUCUGCCACGUUACCGGGCCGAGGCGGAGCUGACGCUGACCCGGACACCAUGGAGGGCAUACUUUGUCGAAAACAAGAAAUGGAGUCGCACAGUAAAAAGGCUGCUACCAGGUCAUGGCAGAAUGUAUACUGCGUCCUUAGAAAAGGAAGUCUGGGUUUCUAUAAAGAUGGCAAGAGUGCCACGAAUGGGAUUCCAUACCACGGAGAGGUCCCAAUCAGCCUUGGAGAGGCUGUCUGUGAGGUCGCACAUGACUAUAAGAAGAGGAAACAUGUAUUCAAGCUCCGGCUAGGCGAUGGAAAAGAGUUCCUAUUCCAAGCAAAGGAUGAGACGGAAAUGAGCGCCUGGAUCCGCUCCAUCAUCAGUUCCAUUCCAUCGGGCUCAGGAGACUCGCCCGGAGGUCCGCGGGCUCUCAGCCGCGCCAUGACCAUGCCCCCAAUGUCCCCCAUCUCGCCCGGCUCAGGCGAUACCGGAGCCGUGGCCAUGCGCAACAAAGAUGGCAAAGAUAAGGAUCGUGAGAAAAGGUUCAGCUUCUUUGGCAAGAAAAAAUAAGAACUUUUGUCAAAAAGAAAUUCAGAUGGAAGCAACCCACUAACUGAACGAGGCAGACGUAGAAGUCCCAAACCACACAUGGUCUCAGUGCAGCCCAGAGAAGCACUGUAUUUCGACAGCUACCGAAAAUGUACUCUUUUCUUUCAUCUGGUUUUAUCUGUUGCUUUGCUUUUGAUUUACCAAUAUUUCCCAACCAAGUGCAUCAUAAUCACUGAAGCCCCACGUUCAGAGAUACAGCACGCGGUCAUCAUUAAUACAACCAAUGUUGUUUGAGGAGGUCCACUAAUUCAGUUCUCUUGCAUUGUGUGCGCUGUUAUCCUGCCAUGUGACCCCCUCCCCCCCUGAAAGCUCUUCUCUUUUAGAGAGCAAUUGUCUCAGACCCUUUUUUCUGCUUUAUGAGCUUGAUGUUAUUAACCUGACCAAUAUUAAUGCUGUUCUGAUUAUUAUUUAUCUUUUGUUAUUGCUGGUUUGAAGAAAACUAAUUGACUUGAUUAUCCAUGUUGUGGAGAGAAACAAAGUAAAACUAGUUGAGACUAUUGGCUUUAUCCUUGUAUGUAUUAUAAUUUCUUGUAGGAAUGACGGUACGUGAGUUUUUUUUAAUAAAGCACAUUUAAUUUUAGCAGUCUGCAGUAAGUGAACACAAAUUAAAUUGGGACAUUUAUAUAUAUUUAAUAAGCAGUUUGAUUUUAUUUUGUAUUGCUAAAUAUGCCCUAAUAAUCAUUGGAGUGAAAUUUUCUGCUUGAUUUUUUUUUUUUUUUGUCUGUACAAAGCAGAGAAAAUUAGUUUUUCUAGUGUGUGUGUGUGUGUGUGUGUGUGUGUGUACGUGUGUAUGUGCGUGCGUGCGCAUGUGGAUAUGAGUUGUGAUGUGGAGUUGCACGUCAAUAUUACUCAUUAACAGCCUGAUGGAUGCUACUUUUUGGUAUUCAAAUGCAGAUGAAAAUAGAACACAAAUACAAAAUAUUACUGGAAUUCUUUUCUGGCGAUUUUUUUGGUUACUUCUGUUUUUGUAAACUGACAUGACCAAGGAGUUUUUUUUUCUUUUUUUCCCCCCAGUCAUCACUCUGGUAUUCUGGGGCUGUUAGUAGAUAAUAAGCUGAAGCACAUUUGGUGUGGCAGAAAUGGACAGAUGGCAGCACGUGUCCAGUCACAGUUGGCAUGGCUGCUGUGGAUUUGAUGUAGGGAAGUAGAAUAUCCACUUUGUGCUGCCAGAGUGCCGCCUUACUUGAAACGAUACCCCGGACCCCUGUUCACAAACCUACCUAUACCCUUCAUUCAAACCCUUUCCAAAAUAAGCUUUCACACUUGAGAUAAGAAUGUGAUCUAAUUUGGGUACGGACUAUAUAUGUUGGCCGAAUGUGAUAAAAACAUCAAGGUCCUGUUAAGUAGGGACACGUUUUAAAUCCUCAAAUGAUAUUUGUGCUUUGUGGCAUGAUUAUACUGUAGGUUAUCUUUGUGUAUCACCAUUAACCCAUCUGUGUGGAUUUAUGCUGAGAACGUGAUCGCUUCAUUAUCAGGGUGGAAGAACAAUAUAAGUAAUUGGCAUCUAUAAUCUCUAGAAAUAAGAUAGCUCAGUUCAUGGAAAAAACACAUUAGGCAUUCUAUUAGAAUCUUCCAAUUACUGUACAUGUCCAACGGUAUUCUGUGAGGUGGUAGAGCAGUUUUCUAUUCAUAAAUAUUGAUAAUUAUUGUCACUUUCAUCCAGAUGUCAAUUUGCCUUUUCUCACUGCCAAAAUUCAAAGAGAUAACAAUACUGAACUGGAAUGUUUGGGUUAUGUUACACUUGAUUUGAUAAUCGUAAUCCGUUACAUGCUGAUCACAAUGAGACUGACAGAGAGAGAUGUAAGCCUACAUAAUGGUUGCACUGGUUUGAACUGUAAUGCUUGGCCUUAUUUUGUAGUUCCAAAUGAUUGUGGAACCAGUACAACCAUUGCUCCAAUCCGAGUACAGGGUGACCAAAGGUCCACUUUGGUCGACAGUUUGAGGAAGCCAAGUUACGAAGGUUAAUAAUGCAUAAACAAGUGACCAUUGGCACUGUUAGUUACAUUGAGCACAAUGAUUCAAAUGUCACAGUGGAUGAGUCAAAGGUCUUAACAUUUGAAUGUAUAUCAAUUGGGCCAAAUUGGUCAUCGAAGCAAAAAAAAAAAAAGCAUAAGUGCUCUCUCUUCCACCCUCACAUGAACACUGUACUGCAUGCUUGAAGCGUGUGCAAAUUCUCUUCAGAGGACAAGAACGAAAAGUUGGUAGGCUGUGAGAGCACUCGUGAAAAUAAAGGUUCUGAAUGAAGAACAAGAGCACUGAAAAAGGGUUAUUUUUUUGUUGAAAGAGGCAGGGUAAUCGCAGACUGGUUGGAACUGUAAUUUUUUUUUUCAUCCAGUGGUUUGUCUUGCAGCAUUGGAUAAAACUUUCAUUUUCUCUUUACUUUGGACAAUGUUUUCUGUAGUUGUUAAUAACACUACUAUUAAUUGCUAUUAUGAUCAUUAUUGCUACUGUUGUUACUAUUACUACUGCUGUUACUAAUGCAACUUGUUGCAAAAAAGUGUAAUUGCUGUCCAUUUUCAGGUACGUGUCUGUAAUAGCAGACUCUUCCACAUGGUGUCAGUGUGCCGUGGAGCAUUUUCAUUACAAUUCCAGAAAUGUUUGUUGACUUCUGUAUCUACAGCUACAACAUUAGGAAGAAUAAAAUCUGGUUUAAUCAAA